CCAACGUGAUUCAUCGAAGUCCAAUACCACAUAAAUAUCAUUCUAUAUUUGACUCUCUUCAUCGACUUCGUCUAGUUAUUAUGCCCCCUCCUCAUUGACAGUAUUCAAACAUCUAUGCCACUGUGACCUCUUAAAACUCAUGCAAAGACGCUGCGACCUAUACAGAGACCUAGACGACAAUAUUUAUAUUCCUUCGUUACGACCAGAGGCUCUCAAAGCCUUGGCCGACCAGGUCAUGUCUCAUUGAUUCUUUGAUGCAGUACUAUGCCCCAGGCCUCCGUUGUUGAAUGGAUUGCUGGUGCAACUCUUCCUCGCCAGAGAAGACGGAGAUCGCUGGAGUCCCCUCAAUCAAAUACAGUCCAGCACCACUCUAUGGGUGCAAGAAACAAUUCUGGCUGCUGUCCGACAAGCUGCAGCUGUUCCGGUUGCGAUGAUCGCUCUGAGGCGUCGACAGACUCACCGUCUAAGAGAGUUCGCUUCAAGCAACCUAAGGGUAUUUUGAAGCAUAGCAGGAAGGUGGAUGCGGAAGAGCAUAUAUGCUGUUCUGCCUGCACGCCAUCUGCUCACUGCAAUGAGAGACAUAGAGUUGGGAAGAAUGGAAAAGUUUAUGGGAGUAGCAAGAAAUGCGCGCCUAAAGGUGGGAAGAAGGAAGUAGAUAAUUGGGGCGAGUCCAAAAGCACGUCAAAUUCACCUAAAGGGAUGAAGGACACCUCAAACAACAAUUAUUCAGUCUAUCAAACCCAAACCACACCUUCACCUCCUCAGACUCCUGAGCAACGACGCACUUUACAAAACCUAAGUUCUUUCAUCACCAAAAACAUGUCGCGUCUCAUCUUACCCUCGAGAGCAGAGGUUAUAAUACGUGAGGACGUCCUCGAAAACGCGUCUGAUCCUCGACCGAAUGCUUUCUUUGACGCCAGGACUGGGAUGCUCCGAGUUUACCAUGGACCAAUGUAUGGAAACCCUGGCGCCUCGUUGGUUCCAUUGCAGGCACAGCAUGUUCCUAUCGGAACACCCGCACCGCCACCAAGUGCUUGGGCAAACCCUUGGGCUGGCAUGAUAGGAGGGAUGAGUGGCAGGUGGCCGUUCAAUGUGAACCAGCGAGGAGGUGGAGGCGACCAGGGUAUGCAAAACAGUGGUAAUUCAGAAAAUAAUUACAAUUCAAGUGGCAACAGGUCUAAUCGCCAGAGUAACAAUUCCCGAGGUGGUUCUAAACCCAUGCCAGGUUCAUUCAGCAACGACGGUGAUCAGAACGGCAAUUCUGGGUGGAAUACCGCCGAUAACAAUGCGAAUAAGAACUCGAACGACGAUGGCUGGGGGACUGGAAACAACGAUGCGAAUAACAAUUCUCCUGACAACGGUGGCCAAGGUGACACCUGGGGCACAGAUAAUAAUAACUCCUCUGGAAAUGAUAACUGGGGCUCAAAUCAGAACAAAAGCAAUCCAUCGUCUGGAAAUGAUAACUGGGGCUCAAAUCCGAACAACAACAAUGCAUCGCCAGGAGAUGAUAACUGGGGCACGAAUAACAACAAUACAUCUUCAGGAGACGACAACUGGGGCACUGGCCCAGACAACUCCAAUCAUAACAAUAACGGCUCUUCGAGCAACUCCAGGUGGCCAGGGUACAAGGAUCGUCCAAACCAAAACGGGACAUCGCAACGAAUCUUCCCCGAUGCAACUGGCACUGAGUUUUCGGCAGGUUCGUGGGGUGAGCCUGCUAAGCAAGAGUCGUGGGGAGACAAAACCGCUGCGCAGAGCACGAAGAACAACUCAAAUGAUACCUCGGGUUGGUGAUAGAAGGUCAAAUUCAGACCGAGGGUUUUGAAGGGUAUUUUGGAGAGGCAAGGUUGGCUCUCCUCGCCAUUGGGGUUGCAUUGAUGGGAUGGGGUGACACGAAGGACUGAGGCUAUUGACACCGGGCUCAUUGUUAUUUAUCUUUAUUGCUCGGCUACAUGGGAUCGAGACUUGGGAACCUGAUCUGAGGUGAGAGUAUCGUGUAGUUUUAAAUCCACGCACAUGGUAGCUUAUUUCCCAUACUGGUACAGACCAUAUAUGUACAGUUCAAGCUGCACCUUUCUAAAAAAGCUUCCAUUCACUAUAAAU